AUGGUAUCCGUUUCCGCUGACGAAAAUUCCCAAAAGAAAAUGCGACGUCUUAAGGCGAACGGUAGGGAACGCCAUCGUAUGCACGGUCUCAACAAUGCGCUCGACCUCCUUAGACAGUACGUCCCUAUCACGACUCAACAUCAGAAGCUUAGCAAAAUCGAGACUCUCCGCUUGGCUAGGAAUUACAUUUACGCACUGCAACGAAUGGUUCAAACCGGACGUCAGCCAACUGCGGUGGAAUAUGCGCAUCAACUAUCAAUAGGGCUUAGCCAAACCACCACCAAUAUGCUUGCAACGCUUCUUCAGGUGAAUCCGCGUAUGUUACUUCCUGCCCCUUAUUCUUCGGGAUGUGCUCAAACCUCUUACGAACCAACUCCACCACCCGUCUAUACACCAUUUCAAAUGCCAACUUGUGAUGAACAACAAAUUCCGUACCAAUUUUAA